GUUGAAUUAACUGUUUAGUCAUAAUUAAAACAUAAAAAGAAUUAUAGUUAUAACAGCAAUUCCUGACAUUAUUUGAAUAGCAAUGAGCUUGAGUGAACGUGGCAUGAGCGUAAAUUGGCAGCUAUCGUUUUCGAUAGUAUUGUGAAAAGUCUUCAGUUUCACAUGAGUUUUUGUAACAAAACAAAAACAUUUAAUUAACAGUUAAUGGAUGCACGGCCUUUGUAAAUUUUGGCACACCUACUUGUCUUUGCAAAGUACAGACGUCAAACAGUGAUGCAAAUAUCUGUUGCUCGAACAUCCACAGUAUCGUUCUACAGCAUUGUUCUAUCUUGACUCAUCGUGUGGUCUCUCACCAGUUGUUUCUCACGUUUAAGUUUCAAUCACCUUUUACUGCAGAUGAUAGUCACGCCCCUAGAUGUCUGCGACCAUACAUACUCUACAUAUGACCAAACUAGCUUUUACUCUUUGCUUGUACAGGCUAGACAUGGAGAAAAUAACAAAGAAACUAUUGCUGGAGAAAUGCACUCCAAAAACCACCAAACUGGAACAAAUAAAGACACUAAAGUAAGUAAAGGCUGGUUCCUCUGUAGACUGGGGAAUGUUAUCAAACUAGGAGUGGAGAAUGGCUUUGUCAAAGCAAAAUGUAUGUCUGAAGACCAUGUUAAGUCGUGUUAAUGGAUCUGUAUUUUGUCUCAAUCCUAUGGGAACCGUUUUUGAGAAAGAGCAGAACUACUUUAAUACCUUGUUAGAGAAAUUAUGUUAUUUAGGCCAGGCAUGUCUAUUUUACCAUUUUGUCUGGUGUUGCUAGUACUGACCCAGUGCAUCCCCAUAAAGUCUCUCCAAGCUCGGUCUGAAGAGCAGUGACCUGCCUGUCCCCCUGCUUUCUCACCUUCGCUGUCUGGAACAGUUGGACCUGUCUGGGAACAGACUUCAGGAGAUGCCCCCGGGGCUCUUCCUUCCCUCCCUACGCACUCUGGACCUGACCAACAAUGAGAUGGAGGACGUCACCACUCUGGACACACUGACCACCCUGGAGGAGCUGAGGACGGAGGACAACCUCUACGUCACUGUGAGGAUCCACUGCGCUGUUUCUCUCCUUUUAUUCUGCCUUCAGUCACUGUUGCUCUCAUUCUCAUUGUAUGAUGUUUGUUUUUCUCUGAUAGUGUUGUAACGCUCAAACUCUGUUUCUUUGUUUACCAAUUCCAACUGUAAUUUCUGUCACCUUUUCAGUAUGCUAUUUGUCAUUCUCAUAUCUCCAUUUUACUAACAAUGACUGCCCAUUGGAACGCAUUGCUAAUGCUUGUGUCUCGCAGGUGAAUGACGACUACAAGCUGAUGAUCCUCCUGCCAAAGUUGAGGAUUUACAAUGGGAAGGAUAUCAGCACUGCAGCCAACCACAUACGCUAUGUCAACAGUGAGAACCUCAGGAAGAGGGUAUGAGCCACUGUGUUCAAAUUCAUUCCAAAACACUUUGCCCUUGAUUUGUUUGCCAUUUACCUGCUGUUCUUACCUGAUAAAAAUGGUAAUUAUAUAAUAAGUUUUUGUGUCUUUCAUCAAACAAGCACUGUUAUGCAUCAUUUGCGUAAAAGUAGUUACCAAUUCCGUAGAAUUCUUUGAAAUAUUUGGUUUCUAGGUGUUAGCAGUAUGGGAGACCAGCUUCUCUCUCCCUGACCACCGAACAACAGAGAAACUAGCCACUGUGGAGAGGGAUUUUGUCAAUGCGGUGCGUCAUAAGGUGAAAUAUGGCCCCAGCUCUCUGACUGACUACACAAAAUGGAGGGUAGGUUUUAACUGCUUAUUACAUUUAUCUUGUCCUCAUAAGGACAAUGAUUUUAGUUUAUCGGAGUACAUACCCCAAACUGGAACCAUGUAUAUUCUCUCACUGGUUUAUGACAUUGCCUCUUAGGUUUCUGGCAUUGUCUCAUUGGUUUCUGACAUUCUAUCACUGGCUUCUAGGUGGAGAUGAUAGCUAAAGAGCACCUUCGCUCUUUGACUGAGCCAAAUGAUGAGGACAGAGAUACAGAGGAGCCUGCUGAUACAAACAAGAACUGUGUAAGGAUUUAGUAGUCAUUACUAUAAGCACCCUGCUCUGAAUUAUUUUCAUAGAGUUUAUGUUCAAAUGGUUGUUAUUAUUUAAGCAGGUCUUGUUAUAAGUGCUGUGUUUGGAUCAUAAAUAAAUAUUUGUAAUAGAUGGUAAAUAGCUAAAUGUAGCUAAAUAGCAAAAGUUUACGGACAAAGCUUUUACGUAACUGUUAGAUUAAUUGUGCACCUUUCCUUUAUGAUAAGAUGCAUUUCCCCAUGUUUUUCAGAGUUUUCCUUUCCCAGCCAAGAGGAAGCGUUCCGCCUCGGCUGCCGAAUGCGAUGUAACCCUAACCCCUCAGAAAAUAACCAGAGCGAGUGUUCAAGCGGAGUCCAGCCAUCGAAGCACCCCUCACAAGGCAGAGUGGCCCACCAGCGCCACUGCAAGGCCCCAUAAGGCAGCACAGACCCCAGCCACCCGCACCAGGGGCCAGUCCAAAGUCCUGGUGACCCCCAGGAAAGGCCUGAGAGAGCAGCAACAUCAGUCCAAAGAAGACAUGCCACAGGCCAAACAGACCCGCACCCCUACCAAGUCUGCCAGGCAACAGCGGUCCACAGAGGUCAACGAGACGCCUGGGAAAGUAAUCUGCACCAAGUCUCAGGUAUGAUUUUCUAGUCUUGGUUUUUUGUUGGUAUAGCACAUGCUAGUACUAUGCUCAAUAUAGAUUCGGUGUGACUUUAGCUGGAGACUUGAUGGUUGCUCAUUAUGCGGACAUUAACUCCUCAUUGAUUAACACAGGAACUCACCCAUCAAUCCAUCCCCCACCCUGUCCACUGUACCCCCGUUAUCCUCCCCUCCAUCUCCCCUAUCAUUCAUCACAGGAGCCAGUGAGUCUGCAGCCUCUUCACGUCCUGCAGUGUCACAGUAAACAGGACAGCCCUGAUGACUUUAGCACCCAGCUGUGGGCCUGUUCCUUCCAGCCCCCGCUAGACCGCUAUGGAGGUGAGUCCUGUCCUUCAAUGGGGUCUGAGUGUGUUUGGAGGGGGGUGGUUACAAGGAAAUUGAGAGUAUAAGUUGGAGAAACAUGCAAACAUGAUAAGCUCCACAGAAACGGCGUUAAAGAAAAUCUGCUCUAGCAGACCCUGUGUUCUUCUCCCUGUCAUGUUGCAGAUGUGAAUGGUGCGACUCGUAUUGUGGCAACGUGUGGAGGAGAGUCUGUGUGCCUGAUCGACUGUGAGACGGGACUAGUUAUGAAGAAGUAUAAGGUCCCUGGUGAGGUCAGUCCUGCUUCUGCGCAUGUACCAUUUUUCCUGAUAGGGCCAUUUAGCUUGGUAGAAAACAUCAUACUUUAUCUCACUAUUUUCUCGUUUAUCAUGCACAUUCCAUGUUAGAAAACUAUAAAAUAAAUUGUGAAUGAAUGGGGAUAAAAAAUUCAGAUGUAUAAUUCCACCCCUCAGGAGUUCUUCUCUCUGGCAUGGUCAACUGUGCUGAUGUCACGAGAGGGCAAUGGUGGCAUGCGGCCCUGCAGUAUCCUAGCGGCAGGGGGGAAGCGAGGCCUUGUGAAACUGCUUCACCCCAGCGCCAACAUGGCGUACGGAGAGUUCCGAGCCAGCCGCAAAGCCCUCUCCAUCCUCCGCUUCAGCCCCCGCCAGGGCAACUUCCUCUUCAGUGAGUGGCCACUUCCUGUUUAUCUUCUACACUGAACAAAAAUAUAAACGCAACAAUUUAAAAGAUUUCACUGAGUUACAGUUCAUAUAAGGAAAUCAGUCAAUUUAAAUCAAUUAAUUAGGCCCUUAUCUUUGGAUUUCACAUGACUGGGAAUACAGAUUUGCAUCUGAUCACAGAUACCUUAAAAAAAAAAGUAGGGGUCGUGGAUCAGAAAACCUGUCAGUAUCUGGUGUGCCCACCAUUUUCCUCAUGCAGUGCGACACAUUUCCUUCACAUAGAGUUGAUCAGGCUGUUGAUUGUGGCCUGUGGAAAGUUGUCCCACUCCUCUUCAAUGGCUGUGCGAAGUUGCUGGAUAUUGGCGGGAACUGGAACACACUGUUGUACAUGUCGAUCCACAGCACUUCCAGGAAUUGUGUACAGAACCUUGCGACAUGGGGCCGUGCAUUAUCAUGCUGAAACAUGAGCCGAUGGCAGCGGAUGAAUGGCACGUCAAUGGGCCUCAGGAUCGCUACAAUUCAAUUGUGUUCGUUGUCCGUAGCUUAUGCCUGCCCAUACCAUAACCCCACCGCCCCCAUGGGGCACUCUGUUCACAACGCUGACAUCAGCAAACAGCUUGCCCAUACGGCACCACACACUCUGUCUGCCAUCUGCCCGGUACAGUUGAUACCAGGAUUCAUCUGUGAAGAGCACACUACUCCAGCGUGCCAGUGGCCAUCGAAGGUGAGCAUUUGCCCACUGAAGUCGGUUACGACGCAGAACUGCAGUCAGGUCAAGACCCUGGUGAGGAUGACGAGCAUGCAGAUGAGCUUCCCUGAGACAGUUUCUGACAGUUUGUGUAGAAAUUCUUUGGUUGUGCCAUCACACAGUUUCAUCAGCUGUCCGGGUGGCUGGUCUCAGACUAUCCCGUAGGUGAAGAAGCCGGAUGUGGAGGUCCUGGGCUGGCGUGGUUACAGUGGUCUGCGGUUGUAAGGCCGGUUGGAUGUACUGCCAAAAUCUCUAAAACAACGUUGAAGGCGGCUUAUGGUAGAGAAAUGAACAUUCAAUUCUCUGGUAACAGCUCUGGUGGACAUUCCUGCAGUCAGCAUGCCAAUUGUAUGCUCCCUCAAUUUGAGACAUCUGUGGCAUUGUGUUGUGUGACAGAACUGCACAUUUUAGUGUCCUUUUAUUGUCCCCAGCACAAGGUGCACCUGUGUAAGGAUCAUGCUGUUUAAUAAGCUUCUUGAUAUGCAACACCUGUCAGGUGGAUGGAUUAUCUUGGCAAAGGAGAAAUGCUUACCAACAGGGCUGUAAACAAAUUUGUGCACAGCAUUUGAAGAAAAUACGCUUUUUGUGCGUAUGGAAAAUUUCGGGGAAGUUUUAUUUCAGCUCAUGAAACAUGGGACCAACACUUUACAUGUUGUGUUUAUAUUUUUGUUCAGUGUAUUUUAUCUAGUGGUCUUAUAAGCUUAGUUGGUUAGAGCAUAACAUCAUGGUUGUAGGUUCUAUACCCCAAUAGAAGGGUCAAAAGGCACCAAACUGCACGUACUGAGGUGGUACAGUACCUGAACUCUGAAGUCCAAUUGAAGUCCCUAUGCUAAAUAAGUGUGAUGUAUUGUGAUAUGUUGUAUGUAUGCUCCCUCGUUCAAACCUUCUAUUUUUUCCCCCAGCUGGGUCGUAUGAUAAAAAUAUAUUAAUGUGGGACAUUGGCGGAGUGGACAGCGAGUACAAUUUCAAAGUCAUGUGAGUUUACUCUGACAGUUGUUUAUAUCUGGGUUUUUGUUAUUGUGGGCAAAUUUAUUUUGUUCACAAGUUUUGAGUCUAAAAUGUAUCACAAUGUUAACAAAGUGGACACACUUCAACAUUGUCUGUGACAUUAUGCUCAAUCAGAGUAUAAUGUUGACAUAUUUUUGCUUUACUCAUCUCAUAUGUACAGUGCCUUGCAAAAGUAUUCAGCCCCCUUGGCGUUUUUCCUAUUUUGUUGCAUUACAACCUGUAAUUUAAAUGGAUUUUUAUUUGGAUUUAAUGUAAUGGACAUACACAAAAUAGUCCAAAUUGGUUAAGUGACAUUUAAAAAAUAACUUGUUUCAAAAAAUUCAAAAAAUAAAUAGCGGAAAAGUGGUGCGUGCAUAUAUAUUCACCACCUUUGCUAUGAAGCCCCUAAAUAAGAUCUGGUGCAACCAAUUACCUUCAGAAGUCACAUAAUUAGUUAGAUUGCACACAGGUGGACUUUAUUUAAGUGUCACAUGAUCUCAGUGUGUAUAUAUACACCUGUUCUGAAAGGCCCCAGAGUCUGCAACUCCACUAAGCAAGGGGCAACACCAAGCAAGCGGCACCAUGAAGACCAAGGAGCUCUCCAAACUGGUCAGGGACAAAGUUGUGGAGAAGUACAGAUCAGGGUUGGGUUAUAAAAAAAUAUCUGAAUCUUUGAACAUCCCACGGAGCAACAUUAAAUCCAUUAUUUACAAAAAUGGAAAGAAUAUGGCACCACAACAAACCUGCCAAGAGAGGGCCGCCCACCAAAACUCACGGACCAGGCAAGGAGGGCAUUAAUCAGAGAGGCAACAAAGAGACCAAAGAUAACCCUGAAGGAGCUGCAAAGCUCCACAGCGGAGAUUGUCCAUAGGACCGCUUUAAGCCGUACACUUCACAGAGCUGGGCUUUACGGAAGAGUGGGCAGAAAAAAGCCAUUGCUUAAGGAAAAAAAUGAGCAAACAUGUUUGGUGUUCGCCAAAAGGCAUGUGGGAGACUCCCCAAACAUAUGGAAGAAGGUACUCUGGUAAGAUGAGACUAAAAUUUAGCUUUUUGGCCAUCAAGGAAAACGCUAUGUCUGGCGCAAACCCAACACCUCUCAUCACCCCGAGAACACCAUCCCCACAGUGACGUAUGGUGGUGGCACCAUCAUGCUGUGGGGAUGUUUUUCAUCGGCAGGGACUGGGAAACUGGUCAGAAUUGAAGGAAUGAUGGAUGGCGCUAAAUACAGGGAAAUUCUUGAGGGAAACCUGUUUGUCUUCCAGAGAUUUGAGACUGGGACGGAGGUUCACCUUCCAGCAGGACAAUGACCCUAAGCAUACUGCUAAAGCAACACUCGAGUGGUUUAAGGGGAAACAUUUAAAUGUCUUAGAAUGGCCUAGUCAAAGCCCAGACCUCAAUCCAAUUGAGAAUCUGUGGUAUGAUUUAAAGAUUGCUGUACACCAGCGGAACCCAUCCAACUUGAAGGAGCUGGAGUUUUGCCUUGAAGAAUGGGCAAAAAUCCCAGUGGCUAGAUGUGCCAAGCUUAUAGAGACAUACCCCAAGAGACUUGCAGCUGUAAUUGCUGCAAAAGGUGUCUCUACAAAGUAUUGACUUUGGGGGGGGAUGAAUAGUUAUGCACGCUGAAGUUUUCUGUUUUUUUGUCUUAUUUCUUGUUUGUUUCACACAAAAUAUUUUGCAUCUUCAAAGUGGUAGGCAUGUUGUGUAAAUCAAAUGAUACAAACCCCACCAAAAUCCAUUUUAAUUCCAGGUUGUACGGCAACAAAAUAGGAAAAAUGCCAAGGGGGGUGAAUACUUUCGCAAGCCACUGUAUAUACUGUAUUCUGUUCUACUGUAUUUUAGACUAUGCCACUCCGACAUUGCUCAUCCUAAUAUUUCUAAUAUUUAUGUAUUCCUUAAUUCCAUUCUUUUACUUUUAGGUUGUGUGUAUUGUUGUGAAUUGUUAGAUAUACUGCACUGUUGGAGCUAGAAACACAAGCCUACACCCGCAAUGACAUCUGCUAAACAUGUGUAUUUGACAAAUAAAAUUUGAUUUGAUAUCGGAUGUCUCUGCCCUGGUGUUAACACAUUUUAUGGCCCAAUAGUCAGCUGUUGGUGUUGGAGACUACCUCCACACCCCUGCACUUCUGCUUGCCCCCCGCCACCCCAGACACACACCUCAUCGCUGCCUGUGAGGAUGGGCUGCACAGCUACAACAUCCAGCUCAACAAAAACACCAAGAAGAGGUGAUCCAUAGUGUGUGUGUCUUUGUCUGUGUGUGCCUGCAUUGAGAGACAUUGAAAGACUGCUGCCUGAGCGUCAACUCACGGUCUUCUUUCCCCUCCACAGGUCUGAGGAGAUGGAGAUCACAUUCCCUGUGUAUGAGAAGAAAGACAAGGACCAUGACUACCACACCAUCGAUGGCUUGGGAUUCCUCACAGACGACAUCGUCGGUGAGUCAACUGCUCCUGUUUUGAUCUGACACUGGCCCUGUUAUUAGAUUGUCUUUUAGGACUUUGGUCGAUUUUAUUUUACUUGACUGGAAUUCAAUAAACUUUAUUGAUCCCUAGUGCGGGAAAUUGGGUUUGUAAUUUGAAUAAAUCUAGUAUGGGUCGAUCCAUUGACAAGCGCAAACCCUGUAAAUCAUCCCUCCCCCUCUCUUUACCCUCCACAUCUCUCCUUUCCCACUGUCCCUUUCCUCCUCUUCACUUUCUGUCCAUCUUUUCUAUCCCUCUCUCCCUCUCAGCCUCUAAGAGCCACAUGCAGGGCUCGAUUUACCUGUGGAGCUGGAAUGACACGCGAGCCCAGUGCCCCAAUAAUAAUAAUAAGAAGAAGUGUGCUGUGAUCCUGGCGGAGCUGCAGUGGUCCAGCACGGACAUCCCCUACCUGUCCCUCAACACCUGCCCCAGUGAGUCACAACACGUCACAGCAUGUCACAACAACACGGCAACAUGUCACAACACAGCAUUUCAUAGCAUGUUCCAGCAUGUAACUCUUUCAGUCAAGACCAUACUGUGUAUUGAUCGAACCCACUGUCUUAAAAUUCCUAUACAGACAUGACACAAUUGAAGGAAUCACCCCCACAACCGUUGACUAUUCCUUUAAAUUGUGGGACACAACACACAAAGAACACAGAAAAAAAGUUUUCAUCAAGACCCUUACUGUAUUAAACUGUUCAAUGUGAAUGAGAGUGUAUGUUCUUCUUUACCAGGUAAAGGCUACGUGGUGUGUGGUGACGAAAGAGGGAGACUGUGGACGUACCAUGUAACAGACCUCAAGGCCAACUUUAGGCGUGGCAAAACAAUUCCUGCCACAGAGGUACUUAUUAGUGAAACUACUUAUUAAAGUGAUAGUUUACUCCCAAAUAAAAAUGUGUCAGAUAGGUUUCAGACCUUAAAAGUGGUCUACUGUUGAGAUUAAUCAAAUCAAAUUGUAUUUAUCACAUCUGCAGAAUACAACGGGUGUAGACCUUACCGUGAAAUGCUUACUUACAAGCCCUUAACCAACAAUGCAGUUCAAGAAAUAGAGUUAAGAAAAUAUUUGCAAAAUAAAUUAAAGAAAAACAUAAAAUUAUAACACAAAAUAACAAUACUGAGGCUAUAUACAGGGGGUACCGGUACCGAGUCAAUGUGCGGGGGUACAGGUUAGUCGAGGUAAUUAUCCAUGUCCUAGCCAUCUGUUGUGAAGAUCCAGCUAUAUGACUCAAUCCUAAAUAAAUGGGAAAGAUGGUCACCAUCUAACUUGAGCCAUAUUGAACAAAAUAUUGAGCCACUCCAGGGUUUCCGUUAACCGGUUAAUUGUCCAGGAGAAGAAGAAAAAAUCUCAUUGCAAAAUAAUAAUGCUUUUUAGCUUAUUCAUUAAUGGAAAUAUCAGUCGAUGGAAAUACAUUUGACUGGUAAUGCUUAUCGGUCUAUAGUUACAUUUGCAUAAUUUAGUGGAAUUAAAUUGGCACGUGGGUACAGUAUAUUUGUUAUGUAUAUUAUUUUUCACACGCGUACAGCAUACAGAGAGCCUUUUGAGCAGAAAAUCUGUCAGACAGUGAGAGAACUGAUGCUACAGCAUCUCAAACAGCAAAUGCAUAGGCAACGGAAGGCAGGCUUCAUCAGCUUGUCACACACCACUUUGCAAUAAGAUGGAGGCAAUAUGUAUUUGGAAACAUAUACUUAAUUGUUUGAAACCUGAAGGUUUUAAUACAUAUUAUGAGGCAUGUCUUACCUUGCUUCAAAAUAGCCUAGCUAAAAUCAGAUCAUAUCUGUGGAAGCAAUUGUUUUAUAUCAAAUGUAUUUCAGUGUCCUGUAGCCAAAGGCACAAUCCUUAUUUUUUGGGGGGGUAGAUCAGCUUUAAUAUUGCAGAUUGUAGCUUCCAUCAAUGUCAUUGUCUGCAUAAUUUCCAAUCCCCCAUAUAUUUUAUUGGUGUAUAUACAGGUUUUUAGACAUACUUGCUAAUUUAUAAAAAAAAACAAAAAAAAAAAAACACCUUUAGCAGCGAUUACAGCCGUGAGUCUUCUUGGGUAUGACGCUACAAGUUUGGCACACCUGUAUUUGGGGAGUUUCUCCCAUUUUUCUCUGCAGAUCCUCUCAAGCUCUGUCAGGUUGGAUGGGGAGUGUUGCUGCACAUCUAUUUUCAGGUCUCCAGAGAUGUUCGAUCAGGUUCAAGUCCGUGCUCUGGCUGGGCCACUCAAGGACAUUCAGAGACUUGUCCUUAAGUCGCUCCUGCGUUGUCUUGGCUGUGUGCUUAUGGCCGUUGACUUGUUGGAAGGUGAACCUUCGCCCCAGUCUGAGGUACUGAGCGAUCUGGAGCAGGUUUUCAUAAAGGAUCUUUAUGUACUUUGCUCUGUACAUCUUUGCCUCGAUCCUGUCUAGUCUCCCAGUCCCUGCCGUUGAAAAACAUCCCCACUGCAUGAUGCUGGCACUACCAUGCUUCACCGUAGGGAUGGUGCCAGGUUUCCUCCAGAUGUGACACUUGGCAUUCAGGCUAAAGAGUUCAAUCUUGGUUUCAACAGACCAGAGAAUCUUGUUUCUCAUGGUCUGAGAGUCUGUAGGUGCCUUUUGGCAAACUCCAAGCUGGCUGUCGUGCCUUUUACUGAGGAGUGGCUUCCGUGUGGCCACUCUACCAUAAAGGCCUGAUUGGUGGAGUGCUGCAGAGAUGGUUGUCCUUCUGGAAGGUUCUCCCAUCUCCACAGAGGAACUGUAGAGCUCUGUCAGAGUGACCAUCGGUUUCUUGGUCACCUCCCUGACCAAGGCCCUUCUCCCCGAUUGCUCAGUUUGGCCGGGCGGCCAGCUCUAGGAAGAGUGUUGGUGGUUCCAAACUUCUUCCAUUUAAGAAUGAUGGAGGCCACUGUGUUCUUGGGGACCUUCAAUGCUGCAGAAAUGUUUUGCUACCCUUCCCAGAUCUGUGCCUUGACACAAUCCUGUCUCGGAGCUCUACGGACAAUUCCUUCGACCUCAUGGCUUGGUUUUUGCUCUGACAUGCACUGUCAACUGUGGGACCUUAUAUAGACAGCUGUGUGCCUUUCCAAAUCAGGUCCAAUCAAUUGAAUUGAAUGUACCACAAAUGGACUCCAAUCAAGUUGUAUUAACAUCUCAUGGAUGAUCAAUGGAAACAGGAUGCACCUGAGCUCAAUUUAGAGUCUCUUAGCAAAGGGUCUGAAUACUUAUUUAAAUAAGAUAUUUCUGUUUUUAAUUUUUAAUAUAUUUGCAAAAAUGUCUACCAACCUGUUUUCGCUUUGUCAUUAUGGGGUAUUGUGUGUAGAUUGCUGAGGAUACUUUUUAAAAAAAAUGGAUUUUAAAAUAAGGCUGUAACGUAACAAAGUGGAAAAAGUCAAGGGGUCUGAAUACUUUCCGAAGGCACUGUGUAUGUAUGUACAGUACCAGUCAAAACUCAUUCAAGGGUUUUUCUUUAUUUUUACUAUUUUCUACAUUGUAGAAUAAUAGUGAAGACAUCAAAACUAUGAAUUAACGCAUAUGGAAUCAUGUAGUAACCCAAAAAGUGUUAAACAAAUCAAAAUAUAUUUUAUAUUUGAGAUGCUUCAAAUAGACACCCUUUGCCUUGAUGACAGCUUUGCACACUCUUGGCAUUCUCUCAACCAGCUUCACCUGGAAUGCUUUUCCAACAGUCUUGAAGGAGUUCCCACAUAUGCUGAGCACUUGUUGGCUGCUUUUCCUUCACUCUGCGGUCCGACUCAUCCCAAACCAUCUCAAUUUGGUAGAGGCCAGGUCAUCUGAUGCAGCACUCCAUCACUCUCCUUCUUGGUCAAAUAGCCCUUACACAGCCUGGAGGUGUGUUGGGUCAUUGGCCUGUUGAAAAACAAAUGAUAGUCCCACUAAGGCCAAACCAGAUGGGAUGGCGUAUCGCUGCAGACUGCUUUGGCAGCAAUGCUGGUUAAGUGUGCCUCGAAUUCUAAAUAAAUCACAGACCGUGUCACCAGCAAAGCUCCUCCACACUAUAAUACCACCUCCUCCAUGCUUUACGGUGGGAAAUACACAUGCGGAGAUCAUCCGUUCACCCACACCGCGUCUCACAAAGACACGGCGGUUUGAACUAAAAAUCUCAGAUUUGGACUCCAGACCAAAGGACACAUUUCCACCGGUCUGAUGUCCAUUGCUCGUGUUUCUUGGCCCAAGCAAGUUUCUUCUUAUCAAAUCAAAUCAAAUUGUAUUGGCCACAUGUGCAUAAUACAACAGGUGCAGACAUUACAGUGAAAUGCUUACUUACAGCCCUUAACCAACAGUGCAUUUAUUUUUUAUUUGAAAAAAGUAAAAUAAAACAACAACAAAAAAGUUUUGAGAAAAAAAGAGCAGAAAUAAAAUAAUAGUAGGGAGGCUAUAUAUACAGGGGGGUACCGGUGCAGAGUCAAUGUGCGGGGGAACUGGCUAGAUGAGGUAGUUCAAGUAAUAUGUACAUGUGGGUAGAGUUAAAGUGACUAUGCAUAAAUCAUUAACAGAGUAGCAGCAGCGUAAAAAGAUGAGGUGGGGGGGCAGUGCAAAUAGUCCGGGUAGCCAUGAUUAGCUGUUCAGGAGUCUUAUGGCUCGGGGGUAGAAGCUGUUGAGAAGUAUUUUGGACCUGGACUUGGCACUCCGGUACCGCUUGCCGUGCGGUAGCAGAGAGAACAGUCUAUGACUAGGGUGGCUGGAGUCUUUGACAAUUUUGAGGGCCUUCCUCUGACACCGCCUUCUUAUUGGUGUCCUUUAGUAGUGGUUUCAUUGCAGCAAUUCGACCAUGAAGGCCUGAUUCACACAGUCCCCUCUGAACAGUUGUUGAUCUCUGUGAAGCAUUUAUUUGGGCUGCAAUUUCUGAGGCUGGUAACUACUAAUGAACUUAUCCUCUGCAGCAGAGGUAACUCUGGGUCUUCCAUUCCUGUGGCGGUCCUCGUGAGAGCCAGUUUCAUCAUAGCACUUGAUGGUUUUUGCGACUGCACUUGAAGAAACUUUCAAAGUUCUUGACAUUUUCCGUAUUGACUGACCAAAUAGGGCUGUCUUCUGUAUACCCCCACAUACCUUUUCACAACACAACUGAUUGGCUCAAACACAUUAAGACGGAAAUAAAUUCCACAAGUUAACUUUUAAGAAGGAACACCUGUUAAUUGUAAUGCAUUCCAGGUGACUACCUCAUGAAGCUGGUUGAGAGAAUGCCAACAGUGUGCAAAGCUGUCAAGGCAAAGGGUGGCUAUUUGAAGAAUCUCAAAUAAAAUAUAUUUUGAUUUGUUUAACACUUUUUUUGGUUACUACAUGAUUGCAUAUGUGUUAUUUCAUAGUGAUGUCUUCACUAUUAUUAUACAAUGUAGAAAAUAGUAAAAAAUAAAGAGAAACCCUUGAAUGAGUGGGUGUUAACUUUUGACUGGUAGUGUACAUAUAAAUACAUACAGUGGGGAGAACAAGUAUUUGAUACACUGCCGAUUUUGCAGGUUGUCCUACUUACAAAGCAUGUAGAGGUCUGUAAUUUUUAUCAUAGGUACACUUCAACUGAGAGAGACGGAAUCUAAAACAAAAAUCCAGAAAAUCACAUUGUAUGAUUUUUUAAGUAAUUAAUUUGCAUUUUAUUGCAUGACAUAAGUAUUUGAUACAUCAGAAAAGCAGAACUUAAUAUUUGGUACAGAAACCUUUGUUUGCAAUUACAGAGAUCAUACGUUUCCUGUAGGUCUUGACCAGGUUUGCACACACUGCAGCAGGGAUUUUGGCCCACUCCUCCAUACAGACCAUCUCCAGAUCCUUCAGGUUUCGGGGCUGUCGCUGGGCAAUAAGGACUUUCAGCUCCCUCCAAAGAUUUUCUAUUGGGUUCAGGUCUGGAGACUGGCUAGGCCACUCCAGGACCUUGAGAUGCUUCUUACGGAGCCACUCCUUAGUUGCCCUGGCUGUGUGUUUCGGGUCGUUGUCAUGCUGGAAGACCCAGCCACGACCCAUCUUCAAUGCUCUUACUGAGGGAAGGAGGUUGUUGGCCAAGAUCUCGCGAUACAUGGCCCCAUCCAUCCUCCCCUCAAUACGGUGCGGUCGUCCUAUCCCCUUUGCAGAAAAGCAUCCCCAAAGAAUGAUGUUUCCACCUCCAUGCUUCACGGUUGGGAUGGUGUUCUUGGUUGUACUCAUCCUUCUUCUUCCUCCAAACACGGCGGGUGGAGUUUAGACCAAAAAGCUCUAUUUUUGUCUCAUCAGACCACAUGACCUUCUCCCAUUUCUCCUCUGGAUCAUCCUCUGGAUCAUCCAGAUGGUCAUUGGCAAACUUCAGACGGGCCUGUACAUGCGCUGGCUUGAGCAGGGGGACCUUGCGUGCGCUGCAGGAUUUUAAUCCAUGACGGCGUAGUGCAGGGUUCUUAAAUUCCGGUCCUGGAGGGCCGAAACACUUCUGUUUUUUAUUUCUACCUGGUAGUUAAUUGCACUCACCUGGUGUCCUAGGUCUGAAUUAGCCCCUGAUUUAGAAGGAGAGGAUGAAAAACAGAGGUGUUUCGGCCCUCCAGGACCGGAAUUGAAGAACCCUGGCGUAGUGUGUUACUAAUGGUUUUCUUUGAGACUGUGGUCCCAGCUCUCUUCAGGUCAUUGACCAGGUCCUGCCGUGUAGUUCUGGGCUGAUCCCUCACCUUCCUCAUGAUCAUUGAUGCCCCACGAGGUGAGAUCUUGCAUGGAGCCCCAGACCGAGGGUGAUUGACCGUCAUCUUGAACUUCUUCCAUUUUCUAAUAAUUGCGCCAACAGUUGUUGCCUUCUCACCAAGUUGCUUGCCUAUUGUCCUGUAGCCCAUCCCAGCCUUGUGCAGGUCUACAAUUUUAUCCCUGAUGUCCUUACACAGCUCUCUGGUCUUGACCAUUGUGGAGAGGUUGGAGUCUGUUUGAUUGAGUGUGUGGACAGGUGUCUUUUUUAUACAGGUAAUGAGUUCAAACAGGUGCAGUUAAUACAGGUAAUGAGUGGAGAACAGGGGGGCUUCUUAAAGAAAAACUAACAGGUCUAUGAGAGCCGGAAUUCUUACCGGUUGGUAGGUGAUCAAAUACUUAUGUCAUGCAAUAAAAUGCAAAUUAAUUACUUAAAAAUCAUACAAUGUGAUUUUCUGGAUUUUUGUUUUAGAUUCAGUCUCUCACAGUUGAAGUGUACCUAUGAUAAAAAUUACAGACCUCUACAUGCUUUGUAAGUAGGAAAACCUGCAAAAUCGGCAGUGUAUCAAAUACUUGUUCUCCCCACUGUACAUGCAUACAUACACACGUGUGUAUGUAUAUAUGUAUAUUUCUUUUAAUUUAUUUUCCACUAACCCUACCACUCCUCCCCUAAUUGGAGUAAACUAAUGAACAACAACACUUAGGCUUCCACAUCAGCUUAUACAUACCAUAUACAUUUUACGGACACAAUCUAUUUUUACAAUAGUUAUUUUGUUUUUAGUCCUACCCUCAACCUCUCAUCUAUUUCUGAUGUCUAUCCAGUUUGAUUUCUGUUUGCCGUAUUUUUUUUGCUGUGCUGUUUUACAAAAGUUCUGAGCCUAUAUACAUUUUACGGACACAGUAUAUUUUACAUGAGUUAUCUUGUGCCAAAGGCACAAUCCUAGGCAUAUUAGCAACCUAUGGUAGUUGUUGCAUAUUCGAUCUUCCCUCCUUUCCAAAUUUCUAAUGGAUAUAUUAAUCUGUCACAUGAAACCACUCGCAUGUUCGGUGCCCUUUUGACAACGUUGUUUUCCCGCUAAUUGUAUUAUGGAACAGACAUUCACACAUAGUCUACUGCCUUGUGCACAUUGCUGCCCUUAUAAUGUGAAGAAAUAAUAGUUUAUCAACAUUUUAAGCUAAAUGUUCAGAUCUGUUCCAUCAGGCUCAUUGCUUUUUAACGUUUGUUUUAUGUAGCCUAGGCCUACUGGUUGUAUGAAUUUGGGAUCUAUCGUCUGUUUGGAAUAGGCUUUUUCUUUCUCGACAAGCUGACCAAUAGAAUAGGUAAACUUUUCUAGUAUGGGGGAUAGUAGAUUUACAUAGGCUAGUGAUCUUUCUGUCUGUUCCUUGUCUUGUUGGCUGAGGAAAAGUAAAUGUGGACAGUUAUUCUAACGUCUUCAAAGUGGACAUCAGAAUUUGGUAUGAAGCACAUCGUUGCAUCCUCGACUUGCGUGUUCUGUUAAUAAGGAUUAUCAUAAUCCAGCGUUUCCCAAACUCAGCCCUCGGGACCCCAAGGGGUGCACGUUUUGGUUUUUGCCCUUACACUACACAGCUGAUUCAAAUGAUCAAAGCUUGAUGAUUAGUUGAUUAUUUGAAUCGGCUGUGUAGUGCUAGGGCAAAAACCAUAACGUGCACCCCUUGGGGUCCUGAGGACAAAGUUUGGAAAAUCCUGCCAUAAUCUAAAUGUGAUUUCUGUCAUUCUGAGCACCGUGGGUGGACGCCCUAUUCAGGUUACGCACCCAAUACAUAUGGGUCUGGUAAAUUUCUCAAAUGUCCAGUAAAUUUAAAAUGCUGCCGGUCAAAUAUCCAGCGCCACAUUUUCCUAACGGAAACUCUGAGCCACUCGUAGUGGGCAAUUGACAGGCGCUACUAUGGCGCCCUUCAUCUUUCCCACCAGUCUACAACCAGUCAGUCUUCAGUCAUAAUUUCUCACUGAAAUGAUAUUCUGGGUGUCAUCAAAUGUUUUCCAUGUAAUUAGACUACCUUCUAAUGAGCCGUUUGGGGCUUUGCAGAUCCUGGAAUGGCCGUUACCUGUGAGGAAAGGACAGGGCCCAGUGGAAGGUCCCGCUAUCAACAGUGUGGUCAUGGACCCCGAGCUCAGAUACCUGGUGGCCCUCAGCGACAAGAACAUGGCAGUGGUGUGGAGAAGAACGGAGUCUUCCUGAGGACCAAACACAACUUCUCCUGGGUUAAUUUUUCUCAUGUUCACUGAUGGGUGUAAAUACGGGUAGGUUUUGCUAGUAUCACUUUAACCUAUCAAGACUGGCCUUUCAGGGCAGUGAUGAUCAGUAAGGAAAGGAAGCUUAUUCAAUGCCAUGGGAAUUGGCUUGGACUUGCCCCUUUCUGGUUUUUGGUUGACCUCGCUCUCUACUGUUGACUUCUCACCUUACCACUUGGCUGAAACGUACCAGCCCUAAUUUCAACUCCCCUCCUCGCCAGCAUCUAUUAGAUCUAGUCUAUUUUGAUGCAGAGAUGAGAAUGAGAUAUUAAUUGUACUGAAGAUUAAUAAGAAUAUACAUAUACUGAAAGGCAUGUGUGAUGGCUGUACAGAUUGUGGAUGUAUUUGCAUUUUGUACGUUUUAAAAAAUAUAUAUAAUUGUACUAUUCAUUUAGAUUAAACAUCUAAUGUGAAUUUUAUAGUUUUCAUAUUUUUUUUAAAACAAAUUAUACAUAUCAGUUUAUCCACUGACAUGGAAACGUAUGAUCAAAAUGAAAACCUAAUGUGUGUUUGACCUGUUUCAACCACAAUGCAUGAUUGUACAUGCAGAUUUUAAUGGCCUUUUUGAGGGUUGAUGGAUAUGAGUUACAUUAAGAACAUCUGCCACAUUAAAUGUGAUUGUUGUCCUAAAUUUCAAUUGUGU